CCAGUUUCUCCUGUCUUAGUAGGUGACGGUGACUUGACUUCCACUGGGCAACUUCACAGCCUCUCCCACAACUCUCCUUCCUUUCUUUGCCCCUGGGCUCAGGCGAAAGCAAUUAUGGCCGAUUAUCUUUACGAGCUCCUGGCUCCUCAGCUGGAUCCAACCACCAAUGCUCCUUCCAAUCUCCGCUCCCCGGAGCACAAUCCCACCACCGCCCAGUACCUCAAUCGUCUACCGACCCUCUCCCUUCAAGCAUUACAGACGACAGAGCCUCAGUCCUUAACACAGUCCUCCCACUCGACCCUUUUGUCCCUCCAAGCGCUCGCCAACCGUUCUCACAAAGCCUUCGUGGCCUCCGCAGACCAUUUGUCCAACCUUCGCACAACUAUCCCCCAGUUGAGCCGCGACGCCCAAGCACUACGAGAUUCAAUCCCCAAACUCGACGAGGAAGCCGUUCUAUUCUCUUCGAAAUAUAGCCGAGCAACCGAGAAUGUAUCCCUUGAGCGGCGGAAGAAGGUCAUGCAAUUGGCAAGAAAUGUGGACCGACUCUCGGACAUUUUGGAGCUGCCAACCUUGCUUUCUACAGCGGUGUCAUCCGCCGCGGCAAGCUCGGGUGGUACAGGGAGUUCCGCCUCGACCACCUACUCGACUGCACUGGAUCUUUAUGCGCACAUCAAGAGACUACAGACUUUGUAUCCGGAUUCCCCGCUCAUCAAAGACGUGGUCAUGCAGGCCGAUGAAGCGAUGAAGGACAUGACCUCCAAUCUAAUUGCUGGGCUGCGGAUGCAGAACCUGCGGCUAGCAGCUGCCAUGAGGACCGUUGGCUGGCUGCGGCGAGUGGCGCCCGAGCUGGAAAACCUAUACAAUGAUGGAGGGACUACUUCCGGCGAGGGGGCCUUGGGUGCCGUAUUUCUGAUCUGUAGACUGGCAAAUCUGGUAUCAAUGCUCGAAGCCCUGGAUCCUUUGCGAGAGUUGGCCGACCAGGAGACGCAGCGCAGACUCCACAAGACCGACAAACCAAACAGUGCGACAGCCACUUGGUCAGAUGGUCACCAGACGGAGAAAUACUUGAAACGAUAUAUUGAGAUUUUCCGCGAACAAAGUUUUGCUAUUGUCUCCUUAUACAGAAACAUUUUCUAUCCUGACCAGUCCGAGUCGGAAUUAGCCGUUGCCGGUCUACGUGGAAUCGAUAGUCGAGUCAAGGCGGUAGCCUCGAAGUCAGCCCGUGCAGAAAUUCCCUUUCAACGUCUUCCGUCUGCCAUGGCCACUUUUCCCAUGCAGCUGGUCGAAUUGCUCGCGGAUACGUUGCGCACGUAUCUUCCCAAUGUUCGCGACAAGAGCUCGCGUGAAAGUCUCUUGACCCAGGUCCUGUAUUGUGCAGCCAGUCUUGGUCGACUUGGGGGCGAUUUUGGAAUGAUCCUUACGGAGUUGGGAGACGAGCAGGACGAAGACGAUGAUGACGAUGAUGAUUUAGCCUACGAAUGGGAGGAGGUGACACGGAAACACCGAGCCUUGGCAGGGCGGUUGGAGCAGCUGACUGGGGGUGGUACAACCACAGGGCCUUCUUCCAAAGGGACCUUGCGAGUUGCAUCGCCAGCUUAGUGAGGGACUGGAAGUGACAAAGUCACAAAGUGACGAAGAACGUACUGUAAGGAUAUUGCCAGCAAAGCUGCCAACAAACAAACAAAAACCAACAAAUCGGCCAUUG